AUGAGUACCGAGGCCUUUCUUGCGGCGCUACGCCGGUUUUUCUGGAAACGGGGCUAUAUUAGCGAUAUCAAUAGCGAUUGUGCCACAACAUUUGUCGGAGCCAAUGCAGUAUUGAAAGCUGAUGUAGAUGCGUAUAAUAAGCAGAUGAAGGCUCCUGGGGAAUUCUGCGCUAGGCAGGGCGUUACCUGGCAUUUCAUACCUCCUGGCUCGCCGAAUUUCGGUGGCCUCUGCGAGGCCGGCAUUAAGCAGAUGAAUAAUCAUUUAAAACGAACUAUUGGUGAUGCAGCGUUAACAUUCGUGGAAUUUUACACGGUUCUCAAGCAAGUGAAAGCGGUACUUAAUUCAAGACCGAUUUCGGCGUUAUCUGAUGAUCCUACCGACCUAACUGCGUUGACACCUGGACACUUCCUGAUAGGUAAAGCACUUAUCGCGAGUCCAGAACCGAAUCUUUUAGAAACCAACAUCAAUCGACUAUCGAGGUGGAAACAGCUGCAGCAGAUGCAACAAGAUUUCUGGGCGCGUUGGAGGGCAGAGUACUUAGUAGGGUUGCAAGUUCGACAUAAAUGA